GAAGAGACAGAAGUCGCCAUACUUUGGAGAGAGAAGAGCCAAACAGCCAUCUCCCUGCACAGUCCUUCAAGCUCACCUCCUGCCUUCCGUGGACAAGAGGAAGCACAAAGAAUCAUCCAGGUAUGGAAGCUGAGGGUUCCAGCCGCAAGGUCACCAGGCUACUCCGCCUGGGAGUCAAGGAAGACUCGGAAGAACAGCAUGAUGUGAAAGCAGAGGCUUUCUUCCAGGCUGGAGAGGGGAGAGAUGAGCAAGGUGCACAGGGCCAGCCUGGAGUGGGAGCGGUGGGAACAGAAGGCGAAGGAGAAGAAUUAAAUGGAGGAAAAGGCCACUUUGGUCCUGGUGCUCCUGGUCCUAUGGGUGAUGGGGACAAGGAUAGUGGCACCAGGGCUGGUGGUGUGGAGCAGGAACAAAAUGAGCCAGUUGCUGAGGGCACUGAGAGCCAGGAGAAUGGAAAUCCUGGGGGUAGGCAGAUGCCCCUCCAGGGCUCUAGGUUCGCCCAGCAUCGACUGAGGGAACUGGAGUCCAUUUUGCAGCGCACUAAUUCCUUUGAUGUCCCAAGGGAGGAUCUUGAUAGACUGAUGGAUGCCUGUGUGUCCAGAGUGCAGAAUUGGUUUAAGAUCAGGAGGGCUGCGGCCAGAAGAAACAGGAGGAGGGCAACACCAGUCCCUGAACAUUUUAGAGGAACAUUCGAGUGUCCUGCUUGUCGUGGAGUGAGAUGGGGAGAAAGAUGCCCUUUUGCGACACCGAGAUUUUGAUUUGAUCACAUAUGCCGGCUAUGACAGCCCUUACUUUUCAAGAAUUCAGCAAUAAAGAGGUGGAUUCCCAGUAUGUUUGUUCCAUUACCUCUAUGAUUAUUAAAAUAUUGAUAC